GCCUAAUAGCGAUUAGCGAUACAUUUCUAACUUUCACAAAUAUUUUAACAUUUCUUUAUAGUUCCUGUAUAAUUUUAAUUAUAUCCGUAGUUUUUAUACUAAUGUUGUGUGACUGUAGCUAGCUCAGUUCUCAAAAUGAUAAAAGCAAUUUUAGUGUUCAAUAAUCAUGGGAAGCCGAGAUUAUCAAAAUUUUAUCAAUACUUUAAUGAAGAUAUGCAACAGCAGAUCAUUAAAGAGACUUUCCAGUUAGUUUCGAAGCGAGACGACAAUGUGUGCAACUUCUUAGAGGGAGGCAGUCUCAUCGGUGGAUCUGAUUAUAAACUUAUCUAUAGGCACUAUGCAACACUAUACUUCGUGUUUUGCGUCGACUCGUCCGAGAGUGAGCUUGGCAUUUUGGAUCUUAUUCAGGUGUUCGUUGAAACGCUAGACAAGUGUUUCGAGAAUGUAUGCGAGCUGGACCUCAUCUUCCACGCGGAUGCUGCUCAUCAGGUUCUGGACGAGCUCGUGAUGGGGGGUAUGGUGCUGCAGACGAACAUGGCCGAUAUAUUGUGUAGACUGCAGGAGCAGAAUAAGAUGCAGAAGGCUGAGGCUGGUUUAUCAGCUGCGCCGGCCAGGGCAGUGUCGGCUGUGAAAAGUAUGAAUUUGCCUCAACAGUUGCGAGACAUGAAGUUACCCGACCUCCCGCAGGCUAUAAAGGAUCUAAAGUUCUGACCAACGCAGCAGGCGUACACGGGCACGCCGGUCGCCAUAGCAACGAACAUACUAACAUCCAUCUACCCGCAAAAUGACAAAUAUCAAAACAUACAGAAACAAGACAAUUUUAAGUUUUUCGGCUCAGAGUCUCUAAGCACGAGGUUCUCAGAGACGUUUUCAGAGAAUUAUCAACAGACGGACGGUGUUAAUUUUCCAAAUUAUGAGAGUAAUAGUGCUGACGGUUAUCAAGACUUAAGGGGGACGGUUGAAGGGGGGUACGGGGAAAAGAAAAAGAAGAAAAAAAGAAAUAGACAUUGAUUUUUUUGUAGUUUUUUUGAAGUGAAACUUUUUUAGGCGCGUUAAGAGUAACAUUUCAAGCGUCAUGGCAUUACCGUCACGUCGUGGAGGUAGGCGACGAUUUUGGUUACUUUGAAUCUGAAGAAGUUUCACUUCUGACACGUGUGCUCGGCACACACGCUCUUUUUUGUAGAUAGAAAGGCCAGUAAAAGAAAUUAUUCAUAUAAUUGGUGAAUGAAAUGGCUGAACUAUGAAAACGACUAUUUAUUUAUAUAAAUGAGUUGUUUCUAAAAUAGUUGGCAUGGAUUAUGCAAUAAUAAACAAAAAUCACGAAGUGGUGUCGUUUUAAAUGUUAAGAAUUUCGUUAAUACUAUAAAAAUAUUUUUCUACCCUUGUAUGUGCAAUCGUCCAUGUCUUAAAAUUGAAAGACAAUGUUUUGUUUAAUUUUUUACCUUUCUUUGAGAUUACGUACGUGUGUGUCUUAAAUGUAUUUCUUUUUUAAGUAAAUUAAAUAAAACAGAUGCUCUCUUUUAAAAGUCGUUUAAAAAUCCUGUCCCUAGUCUUGUUACUAUUCAAAAAUAGCAUAUCUAAAAAUUGGCGGCAAAUUGUAAGAACUUUUUAAAAUUGUUCGAAUUUAUGAAACAUUCCCUGUUUUGUUGUGAAAUACGCUAUGGCGGGAAAAGUGUUGCAAUGUUUUAAUUAUGUACUCUAAUAGAUUUAAGAAAUAUAUUAUAUAUAAAAUGUU